UGUCUUGAUCUUUUGACUUUAUUUCUCAGCGAUAAUCGUAAUUUUGAGUGAGAUCAGUGAUGGUUUCUUUCAGUUUAUGGGUACACUAACCGUAUUAGACCUAUCAAGUACUAAUAUCAAAAAAUUGCCGGUAGGAAUAUCAAAAUUGAACUCAUUGCAAUAUCUUAAUCUGUCAUGGACGUUGAUAAGUCAAUUGCCAAUUGAAUUGAAAAUGUUGGUAAAUCUGAAAUAUCUGAACUUGGUGGGUAAUUUCGAGCUAAAUAUGAUUCCAAGGGGAGUCAUAUCCAGUUUAUCAUCAUUGCAAGUUUUGAAAAUGUACAAUGUUGGUUUUAUUUGGGUCGAAAAAUUGGAAGAUAAUAUAUUGAGGGAAGAGAACUUGCUAAUAGAGGAGCUACAAUGCUUGGAACACUUGAAUGAAUUGAGCAGUACAAUAAGAAGUGUCUCAGAUCUCCAGAGUUAUGUCAACACCCACACAUUAGUCAACUGUACUCGAGCUCUAUGGCUUAAUUUGUUUCCAAGUCCACAAUAUUUCAACAUUUGGCGGUUGGCAAAUAUGAAGAAUCUAGAAGAUAUGGUUAUAAUUGGUGGAAGUAAUUCAGAAGAGUUGGGUGUCAAUGUUGUAAUGGAAGAGAUAGAAGCACAUGAUGCAGGUGGAGGUCUAGGCAACUCAAUGAUCUCAAGGAAGACAUACUUUAAUAGCCUUCACACAUUGACUUUAGGGGGAAGCCUCAGAUUGAGGGAUCUGACAUGGGUUAUUCUAGCUCCAAAUUUGACGUGUUUGAAUGUGCAAGUGAACGAGCAUAUAGAAGAGAUAAUAAGUGUUGAAAAGUUAGAUGAUGUUCAAGUUGGGGAUGAAAAUUUUAACCCCAUUUUUUAAACUCCAAGAGCUCAGGUUGCUUUUUUUACCACAACUGAAAAGCAUAUAUCCCAAUGCUAGUCCUUUCCCUCUCUAGAAAAAAUCGAAGUAAAUGAAUGCCCACAGCUUAAGAAGCUGCAUUAAACUCGAGCAGCGCAAAUGGAGGCAAAGUUGAGAUUAAAGCAGAGGAACAAUGGUGGAAAGAUGUUGAAUGGGAGGAUGAUUCUACUAAAACUACCUUUCUACCGUGCUUUGUGCAUUCUCGCUCCCUUUGGGGAUGAGCUGGCAAACUAUUGAAUGGUGCUGUGAGAGCAAAUGCUGCAUUUGGCUUUGGAUGCUGUGUUGGUGGAUGUGUUACAGCCAAAUGGAGUGAUUUUGGUACUCAAGUAUCAGGACUGCAAUUCUUGCGCAUUUUCUGUUUACUGCAUGCGUAGCUUUUUUGCUUUGAUUUUAUUUUGAGAUGUUUUCUUCGAGUUUGUGCCCAGUCAAUGCCUUCUACCUGAAAUUAAAGUUGAGUUUGCUUAGUAUAAGUUCAUUUUAUGUUUGGUCUGAAUUUUGCAUAUCAUUUUAGGGAUGGGUCCUUAGAUACAUAUAUUCCAUGUAUAUUUGUUCUCUUUAUUUUUCUAUAAUCAAAAGCUUAUUAUAACC